UAGGAAGAGUCGUACAGCUGUGCUCCUGCUAGCAAAGAAGCUAACAGGCUAACCCCUAGUGCUGAAAAUACCAGGAUCCGCUGACCUAACAACACCCCGCGACAGCUACUUUGAGACUUUAAAUCUAACAUGGGGAAAGGUGGAGGCACAUUCGAAAGGCUUCUGGAUAAAGCCACCAGUCAGCUGUUGCUUGAGACAGACUGGGAAUCUAUUCUGCAGAUCUGUGAUCUAAUUCGACAAGGAGACACACAAGCGAAAUAUGCUAUUGGUGCCAUUAAGAAGAAGCUGAAUGACAAAAAUCCACAUGUGGCUCUUUAUGCUCUUGAGGUCCUGGAGUCAGUUGUGAAAAACUGUGGACAGACGGUCCAUGAUGAAGUUGCAAGUAAACAAACCAUGGAGGAACUGAAAGAUCUUCUUAAGAAACAGACAGAACCCAAUGUCAGGAACAAGAUCCUGUACCUGAUCCAGGCCUGGGCCCACGCUUUCCGCAACGAACCCAAAUACAAGGUGGUUCAAGAUACCUAUCAGAUCAUGAAGGUGGAAGGUCAUGUGUUCCCUGAGUUUAAGGAGAGUGAUGCAAUGUUUGCAGCUGAGAGGGCUCCAGACUGGGUAGAUGCUGAGGAGUGCCACCGGUGCAGAGUCCAGUUUGGAGUUAUGACAAGAAAGCACCACUGUCGAGCCUGUGGACAGAUUUUCUGCGGAAAGUGUUCAUCCAAGUACUCAACUAUUCCAAAGUUUGGGAUAGAGAAGGAAGUGCGUGUCUGCGAACCCUGCUUUGAGCUGCUUAACAACCACCCCUCCCUCUCUCCUCCACUUAGGAAAGCUGAAGGAAAAGCCCCAUCGGCAGGCACUGCUGAACUGCCUCCUGAAUACCUGACCAGUCCACUGUCCCAGCAGUCACAGAUGCCUCCUAAGAGGGAUGAGGCCGCCCUACAGGAGGAGGAGGAGCUGCAGCUCGCUAUUGCUCUUUCCCAAAGUGAAGCUGAGGAGAAGGAGCGAAUGAGGCAAAAGAACUCCUACUCCAUGUAUCCCAAAGCUGAUCCCACCCCAGUCACCUCCUCUGCACCCCCAGUCAGUACUCUGUACACUCCUCCUGUGAGCUCUUCUGCUCCCUCUGCUGAAGAUGUAGACCCAGAGCUGGCUCGGUACUUGAACAGAACGUACUGGGAGAAGAAACAGGAGGAGGCCCGCAAGAGUCCCACCCCCUCAGCCCCAGCCCCGGUGUCCCUGGCCGAGCCCCUUCCACCAAUCAGCCAGCCUGUAGAAAGUCACGUCUCUGUCCAGCCAGUCAGCAUAGUGGAGCAGCAGUACCAGAACGGCGAAUCGGAGGAGAACCACGAGCAGUUUCUGAAGGCUCUGCAGAAUGCCGUCACCACCUUCCUGAACCGCAUGAAGAGCAACCACAUGCGCGGACGCAGCAUCACCAAUGACAGCGCCGUGCUUUCCCUUUUCCAGUCCAUCAACAACAUGCACCCGCAGCUGUUGGACAUCCUCAACCAGCUGGACGAGAAGCGAUUGUACUAUGAGGGGCUUCAGGACAAGCUGGCCCAGGUGCGGGAUGCUCGAGCGGCCCUCAAUGCCCUCAGGGAUGAACACAGAGAAAAGCUGAGGCGCGCUGCGGAGGAAGCAGAAAGGCAGAGGCAGAUCCAGCUGGCACAGAAACUGGAGAUCAUGAGGCAGAAGAAACAGGAGUAUCUGGAAAUGCAAAGACAGCUGGCCAUCCAGCGCCUCCAGGAGCAGGAGAAGGAGAGGCAGAUGCGUCUGGAGCAGCAGAAACACACCAUCCAGAUGAGGGCACAGAUGCCUGCCUUCUCUCUGCCUUAUGCUCAGAUGCAGUCCUUGCCUCCCAAUGUGGCUGGAGGGGUGGUGUACCAGCCAGGCGCUCCACCCAGUUACCCAGGCACCUUCAGCCCUGCUGGGUCCGUGGAGGGGUCCCCUAUGCACAACAUCUACAUGAACCAACCUGGACAGACGGCGCCCACACAGUACCAGGCCAUGCCCGGCGCUGCCACAGAUCCAAAUAUGGUCAAUGCAUACAUGUACCAGGCUGCAGGCACCAAUGGGCAGCCUGCCCCGCCUCCUGGUCAGGCCCCUCCCACUACCAGUCCACCUUACUCUAACUACCAGCCCACACCUACACAGGGCUACCAGAAUGUGGUCUCUCAGGCCCAGAGUAUGCCCCCCAUGUCCCAGGCAGCCCCCACCAACGGUAUGGGUUACAUGGGCUACCAGCCGUACGGCAUGCAGAACAUGAUUUCAGCGUUGCCAGGACAAGACCCUAACAUGCCCCCACAACAGCCGUACAUGCCUGGACAGCAGCCCAUGUACCAGCAGGUCCCUCCACCUGGCGGGCCCCCCCAGCAGCAGCCCCCGGCGCAGCAGGGAGCCCCCCAGGCCGUACCGGGCAGCGCAGAGGCACAGCUCAUCUCCUUCGACUGAACACCGUCACGUCGCCGGUCUCUCUCACACACACACACACUACGCCCCCUUUCUCCACCUCUGCCCCCCACCCUUUCUCCUCCUCUUUCCGGACUCUGAGGACACACACACCUCCUCUCUUCCACUUCGCUGUGAUGUUGUGGCAAUGUGAAUAUUGUGAUGAUGUUGCAGAAGUGUUGCCCUCCUUCCCAGCCCUCUGUCCCCCCAUGACAGUUUGGGGGAAAAAAUGGGAAAAAAAAAAAGGCUGCAAGCGUGGGCGCCAUAACCCAAACCCCUCUUCACCUUCUUCCUCCCUCUUUCCAGCUGAUAUGUAUGUAGUAUUUCCUUAUUAAAUAAAUAACUGAAGCUCAGAAAUAGUCAGUGGUAUUAAAUUAAGACAAUAUCAUAAUAAUUGAGGAGUAAACGAAAAAAAAAAAAAAAGAUAAGACAUAACCAUCAUUUGUCUCAUAUUUUUCUAAAGCGAAAUUUGCAUGUUAAAUUUAUUAUUUUCUGGAAUGGAAGUGAAUAUUUUGGAGCCUGUUGUUACACGUGGAGCAGUGAUUGUAGACACCUGUAUGUGCUGUUUCAGAGGAUUGUGGGUAAGUGGAUGGAAAGAUGUGCCAAGGGAGAAAGCACAGUCAGAGGCCUGAAUAAAUAACCGUCGUCUCCAUCUGUUUGACAUUCCAGUCGUGGUUAUCAGUUCAGCCCCUCCUCAUGCACACAAAUACACCAGGUAGCAUCCCGUUUGCCUUGUUUUUUUUUUUUUAACAUAGUCGUAAUGUUCGGAGGCGAUGGUAGAAACGGACACGAAUCAAGCUGGAUGCUAACGUCCCCAUUAAUUAUGCUUUUGUAUGUUAUUUACACAGCUCUUUUCCAUAUAAUACAGAUACUAAACAAGUCAAUCUAAUAGGAUUCUGCACUUCCUUAUCGAAAUAAUUUGGCGUAAAAGUACCAAAACGUGCAUAAGACCUCGGCCUGUCAUUUCCCCUUACGCAAACUGCCUCCAGGUCCCGUACCAUGUGCAGAUGGUCGUUAAAUGUCACAUCAGAAGUACAAGUGGGCGCUCUUAUCUGAAGUGCUCUUGUCUCUAGAAAUGUGGAAAUGCCUGUAAAGUGAACACGAUGUGCCGCAUGUAUGAAAUCACACAUCCAUCCGGUCAUUUCUGUAACCCUUCAGUUACCGUCUGUGAACUUCUUUAUUCCAUCAUACUGAUCUGUCUGACUUUAAAGUAAUUUUAAAAUUAUAUUUAAUAAAUAUUUGGUUCUUAUUGUC